AUGACAGAGAAUUCUUCUUCUUCAUCAACAUUUAUAGACAAGUUGGAAAACUUUAUGACUAUACUAUUAAAAGGUAUAGGGCCGUUGUUUGUAUUGUUUGCAGUGGCAUUGAUAUCUCUUAUAGCACAUACACACUUUACAGUGUUUCUACCGGCACUUAUGGCCACCGAAGGAAACCAGUUUGCAGCGACACUGCAUCUACUCGUUUCACUGGCACUCUUAUUUAACCUCGUAUUCAACUAUAUAAUGACUAUUAUCACUCCGCCUGGCUAUUGUCCCAGUCGUUCAGACUAUAACGAACAACAAUUGGACGAGUUUGCAGCCAUCAAACAAAUCAAACGUAGCGAAGGUUUCUCAAAGUUUUGUAUCACAUGUCGACUACCCAAGAUUGAACGUGCACAUCACUGCAGUCUCUGUGGAUCGUGUGUUCUCAGAAUGGACCAUCAUUGUCCGUGGGUCAACAAUUGCGUUGGACUACGUAACCAUCGCUAUUUCAUGUUGUUCCUCAUCUACAUGUGGGUGUGUUGCAUCUAUGUCAGCUAUCAUUCCUAUUCACAUGUAUUUGGUCAACGUGGUAUUCCAUUCACCGUACUCAUGUCUUUUGUCCUCACUCUAACUGUAUCCAUUGCAUUGGGUGCCUUAAUGUUUUGGCAACUUUAUUUAAUUUUAUCAAAUCAAACUACAAUUGAAUUUUUACAUAAUAGAACACAAGUUAAAAGAGCACAAGCAAGAGGAGAGAAAUAUAUUAAUCCAUUUGAUUUGGGAUUUAAAGAAAACUUUCACGAAUUUUUUAAUACUGGAGGUAAAUGGUGGAUGUUUGCAGCACCAACAUUACAAAGACGGGAAGUUAAGAAAUUCGAUCCAUUGGAAAGUGUAUAA